ACUUGGUUAUCAUCUUCCCAUCCUUUGCAGACGACAGGCAUUUGCGUUGUUGCAAAUGCAGUAGAGCCAUGAAGAAAUUUUCUUCCACUCAUCUGUCGCCACGAUCCCAUUGUGAAAAUGCGCCAACAUGUGUGUGCUGCCACCAGCCGCGACCACUGUGCCAGUCGCACUGGAUCAUUUUGUCUCAUAGCGCACAGCGCAAGCAGCUGUUGUUUGAAGACUCAAAUGAAGUCUUGGAAAUUGGACAGAGACAGAAGGCGGAGCAUGCACAGAUACAACUGCCCCUUUCCAAGCAAAGUUCCAAGUGACCCAGAGGCUCUUUACGUCCAUGCAAUUUCGAUUUCGCCAAGUGCCCACCAAUCUCCAAGGCUGGCGAGUCGCGACAGCUCUGGGGAUGUGCACAAACAGAAGUCUGGCCUGAGUGCUGUACACAGUACUGUGUAGGUUGGCGGUAUCCUGUGGGAGACCACAAGAUUUUUUUACACAAUUUGCGUUUGCCAGACCUGACAGGUAAUCCGACAACGCAGCAACGUCGUCAUGUUGCCUAUCGGGUGUCUUCGCCUAGCUGUGAGCCAGCACGGCGUCGAUUGGUGCAGCGGGAUG